AUGAUAAGAAAAGCAAAUCUUUUAAAUAUAUUAUUUUUUUAUUAAUUUAAUAACUAAAUUUUAAGUGUAAAGCAUUUAAAACUAAAGCAACUUAUAUAAAUUAAUUUUCAAUUUCUCUUCAAGUAGAAUACUUUAUAAAUAACAAACAUCCUCUUCAUGACAUAAGUAUUUUAUUUUGGUAAAGAGAGGAUUAGACCUAAUGUUUUUUCUGAUCAUACUCCUAUAAUAAAGAAAAUUUCUUUUCUAGGAAAGGAUAUAAUCAACUUUGACUCUAAGGAGGAGAAAAAAAUGUUUGAAGAUUACAUUGAAAUGAUUAAAUUUGUUCAAGAAAAAGACCUUUGUUUUAAAUAAGUUGUGUGCUCAUAAAAUACUGCUUACAUCUUAGAUGCGAAAGACGAGCUAUGGGUAUUUGGUGAAGGAGGCGACGGUUAAUUAGGGAUUAGUAAACUAAAAUCCGUUUUAAGACAACCAAUUAAUAUGAGUAGAUUUUAAAACAGAUAUUUUACUAAUCUCUCUUGCUACUCAACUCAUGUAUUAGCUAUUUCAUCCACUUUUAAACUUUAUACUUGGGGAAAUACAGAAUAUGGAUGUUAAGGAACUAUCAUGCAAAAUAAAUACAUUGUUGAACCUGAAAAAGUUAAAAAAAAUAAAUUUGAGGAGUACAUUCCACAAUAAGAAUAUAGUUAAUUGAAAGUAACUCAUGUUGCUACAGGACCUAACUUUUCUCUGGUUGGAGUUAAUAAAAGUCAUCUUUUCUCAUUCGGAAAAGAAGAUAAAUCUCGUCUUGGAUUGGGAUAAUUUAAUAUUGAUUAUACAGAUAAAAUAUACAAAGUUGAUCUACCUUUUUCAAAUUUAACAAUAAGAGGUAUUGCUUGUGGAACUAAUCAUUGCCUUUUAUGGGAUACAGAAGGAUAAAUUUUUUCUUGGGGAGAUGGUUCACAUGGUAAAUUAGGACAUUCAAGUGUAAAAGGAGGAUACAAUUACAUGAUUGUGAAUCCUCAAAAAAUAAAAGCUUUAGAAGAUUAGAAAAUUAUAUAAGCAAGCUGUGGAUUUAAUCACAGCUGUGCAAUUAAUUUUAAAGGAGAAAUAUAUACUUGGGGGAAAACGAUAUACUCUAAGGAAAAUAAAGAGGGUCAAAAAAUAGAUUACUUGAGACCAAAAAAACUAAGCUGCUAUAUAAAAUCAGAAUAAAACAUUUAAAUAGGGACACAUGCUAUAAAAAUAUCUACUUACGGUAACUAAAAUGCAGUUGUAGAUGAUAAAGGAUAUGUUUAUACUUGGGGAUAAAACAUAGAUAAUUGUUUAGGACAUGAAGAUUCAAAAGAUUACAACUAUCCAGUGUGUAUUGAGGAAUUAACUGGGACAAAAUGUAUAGAUGUUGGCUGUGGUGAAAAUUUCACUGUGGUUAUAGCUUCUGAAAAGAUAAAUAAAUAAACGUAUUACAAUAUUAAAGAAUUUUAUUCUGGAAUUUUAGAAAAUGCAAAAGAAAAAGUAACCAAAAUAAAAGAUUUUUACCAAAAAAAGAUUACUAAAACUAUGAGUAACAAUUCUGUUUUAGAUAAAAAUACUUUGUAAGCUCUUAACAGAAUGGGUAGCAUAGUAGGGUCUCCAAGUGUUUUUACUAGAGGUGAUUCACCUGUUUUUAAACCAACAGAAAAAUAAAUUAAAUAAAAUUUCAUCGCAAACUUUCCUAUAAGUUAGAAGUCUUAACAAAAAUAAUUCAAUAUACCUAAUUCUGAAUAGUAGAUGAGCUAGAAAGUUUCCACAAAUACUCUCAACAAAGUAACUUCAGAAAAAAGAUAAGCUUCUUUUGAAUCCUUCUCUAUAAAUAGAAAAAUAAGAUAGGCAAAUAUAGAAAUUAAAAAAACAAAAGGAGAAUUUAAUGGUUACAAACAUGCAGCAAGCUUAUCUCAAAAUAAAUUUAGACCUUUAAUCAAAGAGAGUGUAGAUAUUAGCGUAUAAGACUUACAAAAGGAAAUAGUUUUAGAUGAAGUGACUUAAAAUUUGCAUUUUGAUGACGAUGAAUUUAUUUUUCAUGAAGAAGCAAAAAAGUAAGAAGAAAGGAAAAAUGUUAAGAAUGAUCCUAGAGAAUUCAUUAAAAAUAAACCUAAAGGUGUGCUAGUAAAUAGUAUUUUUAAGGAAUAGAUAGAACUUAUUUACAAAGAAUAUAGCACAACUGAAAAAAAAGAGAAUUUAUAAGAAAAAUAUCUAAAAAAUGUUAGACCAAAGUAAGAUGAUUUCUUUAAAGCGAGAAUGAAAACAGACUAAUCAAUCAGAUAAAAAUUCAAAGAUGCUAAGAAAGAUUUGUCAAUAAGUAGUGUUUUUGUUGCUGAUAAUUAAAGUACCAUGGAGAAUUAAAUGUAGGAUACAUUCUCAAACAGUAAUUCAGCCCACUAACAAAAAUAUUAGGUUAAUUAAAAUUUUAUUAAAUGUUCUCGUCCCCAAACUACUAGUUCUCAGAUAUUGCAAACUACUAUUAGCUAAAGAUCGAUUUAGCAUAACAAAUUGUUUAAUCCAACAAGUGGAGAAUAACUUUUGGAGCUUCCUCAAGGUGAUUUCCUAAAAAGAUAAAAAUUUUUGUUGAAUCAGUAAUUAAUAGACUAGAAAAAAGAAAAGUUAACUUCAAUUGCUGUCUUGAGAGAUUUUAGAACAGAACUUGCAAAAAAGAAGAAACAAGACAUCGAACAAGAAAAAUAAAAGCUAAGAGACUAAAAAAGAAUUGAAAUAUUCAUAAAAAGUAAAGAAUACUAAUAAAGACUGCUUUAAGAGCAGUAAUUUUAGCAAAAUUCUGACUCCAUUCGAAAUAAUUGGGCUGUUUAUUUAAAUGUGGAGAUGAUUUGUGCAGCAUUUAAAAAAUUGGCAGAAUUAGGUUUAUAAAAUCUUAGAAGAGAGUUUGAGCUAAAAGUUAAGCUCAGAAAAAUGCAAUUUUAUAUUAGAGAUUAUAUGAUGAGAAAAAAAAUAAAAAAACUAUCUACAAAAUAAAUAAUUAUCAUGAGAAGAAUGAUUUCAUGCUGGGUAAAAAGGAAGUAAUUGUAAAAACUAUAAUAGGCAACUAAACUGGUUGUCUUGCAUUGUAUAUAAGAAAAAAUUAAAAAGAAGCUAAGAGUCAAAAUUUCUGUCAAAAGAAAUUAGAUUAUUUACGUUCAGCAUUUUAUGAGAUGGGCUAGAAAGUCAUUACAUUAAUAGAGAAAGAUUUUAAGUUAAAUAUGGGAUACACACAUUUUGCAUAUAUUUAGAUAAUAAAUUAUCAGCAGAAACUUAGAUGGCAAAUAACUCGAUUUCUACAGGAACAAAUUUUCUAAUAUGCUUACUAGUUACACUGCUGUUAAAUAAACAAAUUAACAUUAAAAUUCGAUAUAAGAAAAGCCUUUUUUGAAUAGUUUAAUUUAAACUUAAAUUAAUCUUGAGCUCAACACAAGUUAGUCUUAAAAAACUAGUUAAUUUCAAAAUUUAUAAAAUUUACAGACUUUGAACAUAUAAGAUUUCCAAACCGUAAAUGGCUAGAUCGAAGAUUUCGAAACAUAUCUCAGAGGUAGAUCCAACUAGACAAGCUAAAAAAAUGCUAAAUAGAAUAUGCUAUAAAUGAAUAACGUACAGAAUGUAGGUUUCACAAUCAAGGAUUAGCUUGAUGAUGAAUCUAUUCAUGAAAUUAUUAAGAGAAAAGCUUAAUAAAAUACAUUAUUUGGAGGUCUACUAGAAUAAUUAAAAUUCAAAACAAAUGUAAGAGACUCUUAAGUAAUUAAUUAUGAAGAAGAGGAACUUUUAAAUUUGGAUACUAAGACAGAUUCUAAAUCUAGAAAUGUGAUAUUUAAAGAUCAAAAUCAAAUUAGUUAAGAUGGAGAAUUUAAAUAGAAUAGAACCACUAAAUUAGAACUCAAAGGAAAUCUCUCUAAAUAAAAUGAUUAAUCUUUGAAGAGUGCUUCUUAAAUAAAUGAAUUAUCUGAUUCUAAGAGUGAUAGUUCAGAAGAUUAAAUAGAUGAAGAAGAGUAAGAACUUACUAAAAAAGUACCUAAGUCUAAACAAAUGCAGAGAAGAAAAUAAGUUUUUAAAAGGGAUGAAUUUUCUUUUGCAGAUACUCUUCUACCGUUUUCUGUGCACUAUUUUGAUUUACUGCUACCCUCAAAUUACUCUAUAAGGAUAGAUUCUUUAAAGAAUCAAAACUAGUAAGCUCUACAAGUUGCUAAAAUGGCAGAAAUUACUGUGAAAAAGAAAAUCAUAGAAAGUAUUUUGAUAUUGACUCGCUCAAAGUAUGAAUAAUAAAUCAAAUAAUAUAAUCAAAAAAGAAAAGAUUUCAUUGAGGCUAACAAGCAUUUAAUUAAUUUGGAGAGAGCAAAAAUUAUGUUGCUCACACCUGCUGAAACUUUGAGAGGAAUUCAUAAAAGAGAAGAUGUUUAAUAUGCUUUAAAAAAGAAAUAAUAUUAUUCAUAAUAAUAGUUAUUUGACCAUCUUCCAUUUGAAGAAUUGAAAUAGAUAAUUGCUGAUAGAUUACCAAAUGCUCCUAAAAGGCCUGCUUACAAAGUCACAAUAAAUUAAGAGUUAUUCAGGGCAAGUUUUCAUAAAUAUGUUGAAUCAGUUAGAAAAUUAAUUUAAGAAAUAGAAAUUAGAGGUAUAUUUAAAGGAAAAAAAAAGAGAGAUGUUUCAAUAAUGAAAAAGAAUAAUGAUACAGAAAAUGAUGAAGAUCAAGAUGCUUAAUAAAUUAAUAUGGAGAAAUUGUAUUAGAUUUUUAGAAACUUCGAAAGAAAUUUCAAAAUUUGA